UGGAGGGCGGUGAUUUCUUCUGUCACGAUUUGGGUCGCUCCCACUGGAGGACACCGACCGUCUGAGUCUGGGCUUCCAUUCACUGAGGUGCUAAGCGGAGGAGGAGGCUGCACACCGGCAGCACGACAGACCCAUGAGGGCUUCUGCUCACAGGCUUGGACUGGUGGCCACACGUUAUUUGUCCUCUUGUCGGUGUCGGUGAGGAGAGGACGGGGAGAGGAGCGAGGAGAGAGAGAGACAGGGAUAUUGGGUGCUGGAGCGACCAGCCGACCUUUUUUCUUUCAUCUGGGCUGCAGUGCGAGUCAUUCACGAUGCCGGUGUUUCACACCAAGACCAUCGAGAGUAUCCUGGAGCCGGUGGCCCAGCAGAUCUCCCACCUGGUCAUCAUGCACGAGGAGGGGGAGGUGGACGGCAAAGCCAUCCCGGAUCUGACGGUGCCUGUGGCCGCGGUGCAGGCAGCAGUCAGCAACCUCGUACGGGUGGGGAAAGAAACGGUCCAAACCACAGAGGAUCAGGUGAUGAAGAGAGACAUGCCCCCCGCAUUCAUUAAGGUGGAGAACUCGAGCUCUAAGCUGGUUCAGGCUGCACAGAUGCUAAAAGCAGAUCCGUACUCUGUUCCCGCACGAGAUUAUCUGAUCGAUGGAUCCAGAGGGAUUCUGUCUGGAACGUCCGACCUGCUCCUUACAUUUGACGAGGCAGAGGUGCGUAAAAUAAUCCGAGUAUGUAAAGGAAUCCUAGAGUAUCUGGCUGUGGCUGAGGUGGUGGAGACCAUGGAGGACCUCAUCACUUACACCAAGAACCUGGGUCCAGGAAUGACCAAAAUGUCAAAGAUGAUUGAGGAGCGGCAGCAGGAGCUGACGCACCAAGAGCACAGGCAGAUGUUGGUCAACUCCAUGGGCACGGUCAAAGAGCUGCUGCCUGUUCUUAUAUCAGCUAUCAAGAUUUUUGUUGCAACCAAGACGAGUCGAGGUGCCGGCGUGGAGGAGGCUGAAAGGAACAGAAGAUUCACCUUUGAAAAGAUGAGCGCUGAAAUCAACGAGAUCAUCAGAGUCUUGCAGCUCACCACGUGGGACGAAGAUGCGUGGGCAAAUAAGAAGGAUAUGGAGGCUUUAAAGAGAUCUCUGGCUCUGAUUGAGUCCAAGAUGGCACAAGCUAAAAGUUGGCUCAAAGACCCUCUUGGACAGCCAGGUGACCACGGUGAGGUCGCCCUGCGCGUGAUACUGGAUGAAGCGGGGAAGGUGGGAGAGCUCUGUGCUGGGAGGGAGAGGAAAGAUAUUCUGGCGACCGCAAAGGCUCUGGGACAAAUGACCGACCAGAUCGCAGAUCUACGAGCCAGGGGCCAGGGCCAGACCCCGGGCUGUGUGCAGCGUGCAGCCCAGUGCUCUCAGGGCUUGGACUUGUUAUUUGGCAAAGUGGACGGUGCUGCGCGCAGACUGGAGGCUCUAAUCAAUGCCAAGCAGGCCAUUGCCAGGAGGCUGGACGCCGCACAGGCCUGGCUGGCUGAUCCUAACGGCGGUCCUGAGGGGGAGGAGAACAUCAGAGCGCUUCUUGCCGAGGCCAAACGCAUCGCUGAUCUGUGCGAAGACCCCAAAGAGCGGGACGACAUCCUACGCUCCAUCAGUGAGAUCGCAGGACUCACAGCUCGACUCGUGGAGCUGCGCAAACAGGGUAAAGGUGACAGCCCAGAGGCCCGAGCACUGGCUAAGCAGAUUGGAGCAGCACUGCUGAACCUGCAGUCCAAAACCAACCGGGCUGUGGCCAACAUGAGACCAGCCAAGCCGGCUGUCACCUUGGAGGGAAAGAUGGAGCAGGCACUCCGCUGGGUGAACAACCCUGGAGUGGACGACAGAGGAGUAGAGUGUGAGAGGCUAGAGUGGGACACAGGUCAGGCAGCAAUCAGAGGGAUGGUUGGAGAAGGGAAGAGGUUGGCAGGAGGCUUACUAGGCCCAUAUCGUCAGGAUAUGAUUGGACGCUGUGACCGUACCGAGGCUCUAAUGGCGUCCUUGGCGGACAUGGCAGGCAGGGGCGAGGCCGAGGGGCCUCACGCACGUGCUACAGCCGCCCAGCUACAGGACAGCCUCAAGGACCUGAGGCGGCACAUGCAGGAGGUGAUGACCCAGGAGGUAUCGGACGUAUUCAGCGACACCACCACCCCAGUCAAACUGCUGGCUGUGGCUGCAACUGCUCCUCCUGAUGCGCCCAACAGGGAGGAGGUUUUUGACGAGCGCGCUGGGAACUUCGAGGCCCACGCAGGUCGGCUGGGUGCGACCGCAGAGAAAGCCGCUGCUGUGGGAACAGCCAAUAAGAUGACAGUAGAGGGGAUACAUGCUGCUGUGAAACAUGCCAGGGAACUCACUCCACAGGUGACCUCUGCUGCUCGGAUCCUGUUGAAAAAUCCAGGAAACAGAGCAGCGUACGAGCACUUUGACACCAUGAAGAACCAGUGGAUUGACAAUGUGGAGAAACUCACUGGUCUGGUGGACGAGGCCAUCGACACCAAAUCCCUACUCGACGCCUCCGAGGAGGCUAUAAAGAAAGACAUCGACAAGUGCCGAGUUGCCAUGGCAAAUGUUCAGCCCCAGAUGCUUGUUGCCGGGGCAACAAGCAUAGCAAGACGAGCUAAUAGGGUCCUGUUGGUGGCUAAGCGGGAAGUGGAGAACUCUGAAGAUCCACGUUUUAGAGACACUGUGAAACACGCUUCAGACAUCCUCUCACACACCAUCUCACCCAUGGUCAUGGAUGCCAAGGCAGUGGCUGGGAACAUACAAGACAAAGCUCUGCAAAAGGCAUACUUGGACUCUUGUCUAAGGAUCCUGGCUGCAGUGGGAAAAGUUAGAGAAGCUUUUCAACCUCAGGAGCCCGAUUUCCCUCCCCCACCUCCUGACCUGGACCAGCUUCAUGUCAGUGAUGAGCAGGCACCGCCCAAACCCCCGUUGCCAGAGGGCGAGGUGCCGCCGCCACGGCCCCCUCCUCCAGAGGAGAAGGACGAGGAGUUCCCAGAGCAGAAGGUCGGUGAGGUGCUCAGUGAGCCCAUGAUGGUGGCAGCCAGGCAGCUGCAUGAUGAGGCCCGCAAGUGGUCCAGCAAGCCUGAGGAGGAGGAGGCAGUAGAGGAAAGGGAGGUAGAUGAUGAAGAUGAGUUUACUGAUGGUGAGGAUGACUAUGAGCCAGAGCUGCUGAUGAUGCCCUCCAACCAGCCUGUCAAUCAACCCAUUCUGGCAGCUGCCCAGUCUCUCCACCAGGAGGCGCGCAAGUGGUCCAGCAAGGGCAACGACAUCAUUGCAGCGGCCAAGCGGAUGGCUCUGCUGAUGGCAGAAAUGUCCCGGCUGGUGCGCGGCGGGAGCGGGAACAAGAGGGCGCUGAUUCAGUGCGCCAAGGACAUCGCCAAGGCCUCGGACGAAGUGACGAGGCUGGCGAAAGAAGUGGCCAAGCAGUGCACCGACAGGCGCAUCAGAACUAAUUUGCUGCAGGUGUGUGAGCGCAUCCCGACCAUCAGUACUCAGCUGAAGAUCCUGUCCACGGUGAAAGCCACCAUGCUGGGACGAACAAAUAUUAGUGAAGAAGAGUCCGAGCAGGCCACGGAGAUGUUGGUCCAUAACGCUCAGAAUCUCAUGCAGUCAGUGAAGGAGACGGUCAGAGAAGCAGAGGCAGCUUCCAUCAAGAUCCGUACAGACGCGGGAUGCACCCUCCGCUGGGUGCGCAAGACCCCCUGGUACCAGUAAACAAACUGUAAACUGGUCACUCAAAGCUAGUAAAUACUCUAAACUUGGCACAGAUAGCACACACUGUAUGUAAAAGUAGUAACGUGCACACUCAUCAUGAGUUAAUUUCUUCCAAGAGGAACCUGCAGGUGAUCAUGUACACACUCCAGCAGUGAGGGAGUGUGUAUUCUUUUUUUUUUACCAGGACCAUUGGUUUUGGUACUAAGCCGGUUCCGUUUGUUGGAGUGAAAUAAGCUUUUUUUGCUCUCCACUUCCCUUUAUCUGUAACUUUUUAAUAUAUAUUUUUGGUAUGUUGUGUUUUUCGAGAGUUUAUCCAAAUCCCAGGUAUAUAUAUAUAUAUAUUUUUUGCAUGGAAUUUUUUUCUACUUUUUAAGAGGGUUAAUUACGACAAUAAGAUAUUGUCUCCUAGAUGACGUUUGAUCUUCAUUCAGUUUUUCUUUUUUCAGGGAGAGUUUCUUAUUGUCUAUUGUACAUACAAUAACUAUUUGUUUUAUGGACAACACUAAACAAUGAGCCGUAAAUUCACUGAGUCCGACGACACUCGAGUGUGAGGUCUCGAUUCUCUCUUCAUGUUUACUUAUAGAAACAACAUGGUUGUUAUCUGUGGAUUUUCAAGGGUAACUCAUCCUCAAGUAGAAAGUUAUGACUUGUAGGUAAAUGACAGUUUCUCAAACUGUCAGCAUAGUUUGAGAAAAAAAAAAGGAUGGUUGUCAAUAAAUUACAUUUUAUUGUUAAGUCGGUACUUAUAGCAGACAUGAGGAAUUCGCUUAACAAUGGCAGCAUGACUGACAGUAAGCUUAAAGUCAAGGUUAGUUCAGGUGUUUUUAUGCGUUUGUUUAAAACUCUAAACAAUGCCAAAGGUUUUGUUUUAUUCCUGUAAGCUUCAUAAGGUUCUUAACAAAAAAAAUAUCCUGUAGAACUUUUUGUGGUCUUGUUUUUUUAGCAAACAAAAAGAGAGAAACUGUAUUAUUGUUUUUCCUGCACUAUCUCUGUAACAGUUGAACUGUUGACUUUUCUUUUUUUUUCAAAAUGAUUCAGAACCUGUGAUUUUAAAACCACAACAUCCUGUUUUUAGAAAUGUACCCUCAUGUGAGCUCAGUGGUCCCAGUCGAUAAUCUGAAGUAGAACUCUGUGACAGGUUUUCUAGAUGUUGUCAGUGAAUUGAGAACAUUAAGCAACAUCUUAAAUGUGAGAUCAGGCAUCGACUUCACGCACAUUUUCAUUCCCUCAACAGUUGACAUUUCUUUACACAACAGCAAAUGUUACUGUUAAAUGGAGAAUUUGUGUGCGCCUGUGUGUAAGCUCCCCCCACUUACAGGCAGUACGAAGGAGCAGUGCCCAUGAAGGUAGGGAUUGUUUUGUUGUCUUUAUUUGGGCCUACUGAGUAUGUAGCAGUCACUGAACCCCCACACUGAUAUUGAAAGGGUGUAUGUAGUUCUGUGUGUGUACCUGACGUGUCCGUUCACAGACUGAAUGUAUUCUGAUAGCGUCUAGCCCUGCCAACACAUCUGCUGUGCCUUGGAAGAAUAAAAAGUCUAUAAUUCUGA